AUGUAUAUCGGUACGGCAGCUCCAGCGACGCCUGUAAUAUUUCCCUGUUCAUCGAGGCGGCCGGUGAUCCUCCCUAUCCGGACCGCGAAGAUCUUCAAGCCUUUCGCAAUCCUCAAACUAAACGGAGACAAAGGAAUGAGCGGGUUCCAUGAGACUGAACUCAAAGUUCGCGAUUACGAAUUAGAUCAGUUCGGUGUUGUGAACAAUGCUGUUUAUGCAAACUACUGCCAACACGGUCGGCACGAGUUUAUGGAUAAUGUUGGUAUCAACUGCGAUGAAGUAUCACGUUCCGGUGAAGCCUUGGCAAUUUCUGAGUUGACAAUAAAAUUCCGUGCACCUUUACGAAGUGGUAGCAGAUUUGUGGUGAAAACUAGGAUAUCAGGAGUAUCUGUGGCACGUAUAUACUUUGAACAGUUCAUCUUAAAACUACCAAAUCAAGAGCUUAUUCUGGAAGCGCACGGGACAGCUGUGUGGCUCGAUAACAAGUACCGUCCCACACGAAUCCCAUCUCAUAUACGCUCUAACUUUGUUCACUUCCAACGCCAAGAAGAUGAUAUUUAA